GCGGACGAACCUAUCCGGCAGGUAAAGCGCAUGCGCAAAGGCAAUGCACUUAUGAAAAUGAUUAUAUGAGUGUUUUUUAAGAUAAAUUGAGCUUCCCCUUUAAAGAAGGAGACGACCACGGCGGUACAAUGGCAGGAGAAGAAGAACAGAGGCCUGAUAAGGGUUUUAGGUUGAUGGGGAUCCUGGAUGUCCAGAAAAUUCCAUGUGCCAGAGAAGCCAUCCUGCACGGAGCUGGAGGCUCACUAGCUGCUGGCCUGCUUUACUUUCUGGCUACCAGUCGGGUUAAGAGGUCUUUCGACGUAGGAUUUGCAGGUUUUAUGGUCACCACACUUGGUUCCUGGUUUUACUGCAGGAUAAACAACGCUAAACUACGCAUGCAGCAGAGGUUCAUCCAGGAAGGCUUAAAGAACAAAGUGGUGUAUGAAGGAACGGUCCGAGACCCCACAAACAAAGAGACGCCUUCAGGCACUCCGUGACCUCCAGCACUGAACUCCUCCAUGUUUUCCGUGAGGAUUUGGAGAACACUGUGAGGGUAAACAGACUGAACUGACUCUGACUGUACACAUCAUGGAAAAUACUGAAAACCAACAUUUUAUGGAUCUUAUUUUUGUUGUUUGUUGUCGAGGAACUCAUUAAAUAUAGUUUCUGUUUGCAAAAUGACCGUUUUCUCAAUGAAGUGAUACAUUUUAAUGUACCUGAAACUCCAAACUCAGUCCCUCAAAUCCAAACCUUAUAUUGACUGGGAGGCAAAGCUGCUCAUACUGUGUAUCCUGCUCUUCAAUUAAUAAUAAAAAAAUCUGUGGAAUUUCCUGUUUUUUAAAUGCUCCAUCCAUUAACCAGGUUAAAUUCACCAAAACCCUGAUUCCACAAACUCUUUCCUUCUGUCCAAACAUUCACUCGACACAUCAGCCUCUAUGUAAUGUCAAAAACACUUACCAAUGUGUUGAUUUCAGUUAGUUGUGUCACUUUUGGAACUAGCACGCGAGUGAAUGAAUGAAUCAUUGUCAUAAUGGGCUUUAGAUGUUUUUGAAAACAGCAAAUAAGUAAGACAAACUAAACAUCUGGAUGUGUCGAUGAUGUUUGUCCUGAAGGUUUCGUUACACACAGAACAGAGCAGCAUAUUUGUGAUUCAGCAUCUAAUCAACCUCAAAAUUUACAAAUAAUCUUGCUGAUUUAAUCAUUUUUUGUGUGUUUUUCUUUUUGUGAACAAAUAAAUUAUUAAAAUGAAUCUUAAUAAAAUGGCCCGAGGAA